AUGGAACCCGAACUGGCUGCCCCGUCCGAAAGGGCCAAGGCAAAGGGUCCAGAGACUGACUCGGGCGGCGACUGGUCGCCUCCGAUCCACCCCGUCUGUGCCUCGCGCCGUGAUGUGAUGCCUCGCUGCUGCCUCGGGCACUACCUUAGUACCUUGAGUAACUGCCCGUGCUUUCCCAGCUCCUCGGCGCUCGCUGAAAAGGUUCGUAUGUCGUCGCCGUGCGACGCAUGCAUCGCGCCGCAGCCGAGUCCUGCUACGUACCCGCCCGCACCUGUGCAAGGUCCCGUCGUCUCGAGCACGCACCAACUACAAGCAAACUGA